AUGAGCCCGUCGCACCUCGACACCGGCGGCGGUGGCAGCCGGCCAACAAAGAAAGACGCCAGACGAAGCCCCAUUGGCAGCAACAGCUCAGACGAGGAAGAGAACUGGCACUCGACACCAGCAAGUCCCGCGAUGAAGCCGACAGCAAACGACGCCGAUACGACAGCGCUCUCAACGGAAACAGACAAAUCAUCCUCGCAAACAAAACCUUUGACAGAAUUAUCACCCGCCACCGCUUUUCCUGAGGUGGGAGGGGUUGUUGGGAGUCGACAAGGAUUCGACCUAGACGAGCAGGGGUCGGUUCGACCAGGGUCAGGACAUGGGCAAAUGCAUAUGCCAAGGCCAAUACCACCGUCCUCCGGCCCCGCCUCCGAAUCGGGACGAGGAAAAGGAGCCGGUGGCGGUGACAACUUUUCCGAUAUUGCACUUGAUGACCAGCGGUCCUCCAUCCCAUCCUCCGUCGCUGCCUCAGACGCCGAAGAGGCUGCGCGCGUCUUUGCGACACCGCCACAAUCUUCCACGCCCAAAUUGCCGCCGUUACCCGCCCGGCCACCCGUGGCGCGCAUGUCGGCGGCAAGCAAUCUAGCUAGCGACGGCGAUGGCGAUGAUGCGGUCUUUGACGAACGGCCCUCGUCGUCCUCCGCCGCCGGCAAAGGCCCAGCACCACCGCUGCCUCCGCGCUACUCGUCGCAAUCGUUUGGAGGCGCACCCAUCUUUCCGCCGCCGCCCAAGCGCCGUUCACAGCGCAUGAGCGGCCGUCCCAUGUCGAUGGCUUCCGUUAUGAGCGGCACAGCCUCGCCGUCCUCGUCAACCACCUCGCCGCGCUCCUCGUCCUUCUACCCGCCCAACUACCUCAACCGCCCUCUGCCCCAAACACCUACGUCGGUCGUCAGCGGUGGCAGCCGCCCGUCGUCCUACUCCUUCUUUUCGCCCACCACCUUCAUGUCGUCGGCCACGUUGGCCACCUUCUCGAGCAACACCUCCCAGACUCGCCCGCUCUCCAUGGCCAUGGAUGUCCCCCGCCCCUUGCGCCUGCAGCCGAGCCUGCCCAUCCGCAAGGGCACCUCCACGCCCGGCAGCAGCAGCAACGGCCAGGCUGGAGGAGCGGGCGACGACGCGGGCGACGACGCCGGGUACGACAUGGCCUGGCUGCGUGCCCACCAGGCCGCCGCCCGCAUGGCGCGUCGGCGUCAGCGCGAACAGCACUUGGGCCCCGAGGCAUUCGAGCGGCACCGGCAGCGUCUCGAGAGCCACGAAGGCACCUUUGAGGUGGUGGCGUGCUUCUUGCAGCGCCUGGCGCACGCCGAGAACGAUGCGCUGGAGCCCGAAAACUUCCCACACUCGCUGGCCGAACAAAAGCGUCAGCAGGAGGCUAUGGAGCUCAUGCGGCAGGAGACAGUCGAGGCGCUGACCCCCCUGCUGGCAUACGGACCGACAGAACCGCCACCGCCGGCUCGACAUGUCUCUUCGGCCAAGACGCCACACAUGUCGGCCGCCACUGCGUCGUCCAAGAAAGCGGGCCCUGUGCCCGGCCACGCCGUCGGCCUACCACCAACGCCGCCCCUCUCGCCGCGUCGCCACGAUCCUCGCCGCGAGUCCGGCAUGAGCAGCAUCACAGAGACAAGCCUCAGCGGCGCGCACAGCGAUGACAGCAGCAGCAUCCACGGCAGCGCGCGGCCCGCCUCCGAUACCUGGCGGCAGUCCAUGAAGCGGGCGUCGGCGUUGUUUGCCGGCUGGGGUGGUGGCGGAGGAAGUAGCAGCACGGCGCCGGCUUCGACGACGCGGUUCUCUGGCGACUAG